AUGGUUCAAUAUCAACUACAAAGCACGGAUAACCGUACUCAGGGCCGCCUGGCUCUCGUGACGGGGGCAAGUGGUGGCAUCGGCUCGUCAGUCGCGCACGCCCUCGCAGCAGAGGGUUGCGACGUUGCCCUGCACUAUUCCUCAAGCCAAAGCAAAGCAGAAGCGCUGGCCCAGGACCUUCGCACAAAGUACCCCUCACAGCUUUUCCUCCCUUUCCAAGCGGACCUCUCAUCCAGGGAGUCAACUCGCAACCUGGUGCCAAGCAUCUUCGCCAACGCGGAGAUCUCGCAGAAGCACAAGGCCAUCUCGAUCCUCGUGGCCAACGCGGGACUUGGUCGUCGCAUCCGUGAUGUCGCCGACAUUGGCGAGGACGACUGGGACGAGAUGAUGGAGGUCAACUCGCGCAGCCAGUUCGUCGUCACCAAGGCCUGUCUUCCGGGGAUGCGCGCGCAGGGCUGGGGAAGAGUCGUGCUUGUUGGGAGUAUCGCGAGUCGAGGAGGCGGAAUUAAUGGUUGUCAUUACGCGGCUACCAAGGGCGCGCUAUGCUCAAUGGGUCUCAACUUGGCAACUCUUCUUGCUCCCGAAGGAGUCACCGUCAAUAUCGUCUUGCCAGCCAUGAUCGGGGCAACAGGCAUGAUCGCCACCCCCAAAUCAACGACAUGGGACAGCAAAGACGACCUCGAAGCCCUCCGUGCCACAGACCCCGGCCUCGCAAUCGCCGCGAGCGUCCCGGUGCAUCGUCUCGGAGCCCCUGAGGAAGUAUCAAACGUCGUCACAAUGUUCGCCAAGACGGGAUACCUCACAGGCCAGGAGAUCGUGCUCAGCGGCGGUCUCAAGUAG